GGAGUAGGUGUGGCCUUGUUGGAGGAAAUGUGUCACUAGAGGAGGGCUUGAAGGUCUCAAAAGACCCAGCCAGGCUCACUGGCAUAGUCCCUUCCUGCUGCCACAAGGCGUACAACUCUCGACUACUUCUCCAGCACCAUGUCCGCCUCCCUGCUGCCACGCUCCCCACCAUGGUGAAAAGGGACUAAACCUCUAAAACUGAAGCACCUUCAGGAGAUUCCGGACCAGAGUAGCAACGUCACCACCAGCUUCACGUGGGGAUGGGAUUCCAGCAAGACUUCUGAACUGCUGUCAGGCAUGGGUGUCUCGGCCUUGGAGAAGGAGGAGGUGGACAGUGAGAACAUCCCACAUGGACUGCUCUCAAACCUCGGCCACCCCCAGAGCCCUCCAAGGAAACGAGUCAAGAGCAAAGGGAGUGACAAAGACUUUGUGAUCAUCCGUCGGCCUAAGCUCAACCGGGAGAACUUUCCAGGUGUCUCCUGGGACUCCCUUCCAGAUGAGCUGCUCCUUGGGAUCUUUUCCUGUCUGUGCCUCCCUGAGCUGCUGAGAGUCUCGGGCGUUUGCAAGAGGUGGUACCGCCUCUCGCUCGAUGAGUCUCUCUGGCAGUCCCUCGACCUCGCGGGUAAAAAUCUGCACCCAGACGUGACUGUGCGCUUGCUCUCCCGAGGGGUGGUCGCCUUCCGCUGCCCUCGGUCCUUUAUGGAGCAGCCGCUGGGUGAAAGCUUCAGCUCAUUCCGGGUACAGCACAUGGACCUGUCGAACUCAGUGAUAAAUGUGUCAAACCUCCAUAAGAUUCUGUCCGAGUGCUCCAAGCUGCAGAAUCUAAGCCUGGAAGGCCUGCAGCUCUCAGAUCCCAUUGUCAAGACUCUUGCACAGAAUGAAAACUUGGUGCGACUAAACCUUUGUGGGUGCUCUGGAUUUUCUGAAUCUGCCGUGGCGACUCUGCUAAGCAGCUGCUCCAGACUGGACGAGCUAAAUCUCUCCUGGUGCUUUGACUUCACUGAAAAGCACGUGCAAGCGGCUGUGGCACAUUUACCAAACACCAUCACCCAGCUGAACCUCAGCGGCUACCGAAAGAACCUCCAGAAAACAGAUCUUUGUACCAUAAUUAAACGAUGCCCCAACCUCAUCCGCCUCGACUUAAGUGACAGUAUCAUGCUAAAGAAUGACUGCUUUCCAGAAUUUUUUCAACUCAACUACCUCCAACACCUCUCGCUCAGCCGGUGCUAUGAUAUAAUACCUGAUACUCUACUUGAACUUGGAGAAAUUCCCACACUAAAAACGCUACAAGUUUUUGGAAUCGUGCCAGAGGGAACCCUUCAGCUACUGAGGGAAGCUCUUCCUCGGCUGCAGAUUAACUGCGCCUAUUUCACCUCCAUUGCAAGGCCAACUAUGGACAGCAAGAAGAACCUGGAGAUUUGGGGUAUCAAGUGCCGACUGACUCUGCAAAAGCCCAGUUGUCUAUGAAAUGCUUACCGCAGGGCGGUGUUUCCUCUGGAACGAGGAACACAGGCAGCAAGUCCGCGCGUGCUGGAGUCCUUGGUUACUCUUCCUAUGGCUUUGCCUUAGCCUUCACUUUAUAUGUAUGUUAGGGAACCAUUUGCGAGGUACAGCCACGAAGUGUUACUUUUUCAAAACUAUAGAGCCGAUUCUGUCAGUGCUGUGCCCUAAGGGCCUAAGCAUCAGGUCUUUGGAGAUUUUAGGAGAGCUUAUGAUUUCAACAUGCUUUUUUACAAGCGACAUUUGAGCCAACUCUUCCAAGUGCCCUUCUGAUUAAGUCUAUUUAGAAUCAAGUUUUAAAAAUUACCCGUGGCUAACAAUCUUCAUGGUGUUUGUCAUAACUUUCUAUCUAUUUAAUUAUUCAGUAUUUUAUAAAACUUGACUUUGAAGAAUAAGCUAUAUGUACGGUGAGCUGGACGGAAAGCAGCAGAGGCUGGUAGCAUCUGAGGUGGUCUUUUCUGGGAAUUAACACAUUUCUACUCUGUGUGCAGGUAUGAGGUUAGUUUCACAGAAGCACAGGAAUGCAUGAUGUACCUAAAACUCUAAAUGAGAAAACAAAAACACAGAGACACAGCCGGAAGCGGGACAGGAUUGGUGCAGGAUUUAAAACCUCAAAGGCUGUUCUCUAAAAGCAGGUUAAUAUGAAGUAUCCUUUAAUGUUUUUAGGAAUUCUGCUAUGUUUCCAGAAUCUUAAAUUAGGUGAGAAAAUCUACUUGUGUGCUUUUUAAACUUUAUAAUCAAUGUAUGUUACAAUAUAUGUGGGUUGUUUAGCUUUUUUAAGUUACUUGCUUUGUUUUAGGAAUGUGAUAUUAUUCUAGUCAGCCUUCUGAAAAGUCGGAUAGAAUUCUGAGCUGAUCAGGUGUGCUGAUCGUUACUUUAGUACUGCGGUUAUUUUUUAUAUUACUCUGAAAUCAAGAACUUGAAAUUCGUUUAAGUGGUCUUAAACAGUAAUCGCUUGAAACUGCCCGUGAGGUUACUGGACCUAAAAUUGUUAGGUUGAACUGAUUUCUGUCCAUCGGCAAUCUACACGGGAAGCGUGCGCAUGUGCAGCUUCAGACCCGGGAAGCGUGCGCAUGUGCAGCUUCAGACCCGGGAAGCGUGCGCAUGCGCAGCUUCAGAGCAGGUGCCGCGACUUGCACUUCACCUAAGUGUUUAAGAAUCACCGGGCAUUAAACCUUUUGAUAACAGGUGGGUUUUUAGCACUUGAUACACAGAAGAAAGGGAUCAAAUUGUGUUUCUUAGAAAAUGAAAAGAAAAAGAAUUAAGGCAGUUACCUCUGUAGAGUAUUUCCGUGCUACAAUCCAUUUCUAUUAACUUCAUCAAAAACUUUUAGUUAACAACAUGAAGUGCCUUCAUCUGCUCAGACCUAAAGAACAUUUUCAGUGUCAGACAAGAAUGGUCAUGCUUCAAUCCCCUAGUAGUUAAAAGAGUGCUAACUCCUACUUGAAACUAUUGUUUACACAUUAGUGAUGGGCUGAUGGCGGGCUCUGGCCUCCAGAUGCCCUCAGACAUACAGUACCUGAUCUUCCUUACGCAAGUCCAGCUGUGAGCUAUUUUUGCCAACAUGUCGCGGUAAUACAUGUCGCAGUAAUCUGUAUUUUUGUAUGUGAUUUCUACUUUUAUAGACUGAUUUUAAAAUAAAGUACAUUUUUAUAAGAACAAGUACUUGAGCUGCUUUUUAUAUCCUUUUCUGCAGUCCUUCAAUUUAGAAAGCAUCUAUUUGGGUUGCCAUUUAGGUCAGAUAAAGAUUUCAGCCACCUGUCCUGUCGGGCUUAAUAAAAGUGAUGUCUCAACUCACCUGAGCAGUGCACCUGUUGGCCUCCAUGUGCUCUCAAGAACAAUGACACUUAGGAGAUAUUUGUAUCCCACUGUAGCAGCCUAUGCUGCUUUAGACAGUGUGAAUAGCUCAGGCCUGAGCUUCUAAUAGUUGAGUCCGUUUGAACCUUUCAUUUCCCAGGUCUUCUGAUGGUUUUUUAGCAGUACCAUCAUCGUCCUGACUUUGUUUUAUGAUGGGAAAUGUAAAGUACAGCCACUGAGCCUCCUCACACGUUUCAGCAAUCCGGGCCAGAUUCAUUGCU